CGCGAGCGCCGAUGUGUCUUUGCUUGGGUAUCGUCUGGUAGUUGUUUGGUUUUGAAGAUCAUAGAUUUUUUUAGAUGCCUAAAGAGAAACUCGUUAUCAGGUGAAAUAGUCGCACGAGAAGGAAAACUCGGGGGAGAUGGCGCCGAAAGGGAAAGUUGGAACCAAAGGCAAGAAACAAAUACUUGAAGAGAACCAGGGUUCUCUGAAGUUCUACAGCAGAAUCAUCCUGGGAGCAAACACUAUUUAUGCAGUGGUCAAUCUCUUGCUCUUUUAUAACUCGUCUACAUUUUGGACAUGGUUCUUUCUAAUGUUCGCAGUGGCGGUCUACAUCGGCGGCUACAAAUCUAUGUCAGCGAUGGCCAAACCUGCAUUUGCUGAAGAUGGUAGCUUGCUGGAUGGAGGGAUUGAUCUUAAUAUGGAACAGGGCAUGGCAGAACACCUGAAGGAUGUGAUACUUCUUACUGCUAUUGUUCAGGUCCUCAGCACUCUGUCAUCCUACUUCUGGUACUUCUGGCUGUUGGCACCUGCAAGGGCUUUGCAUUUAUUGUGGGUGAGCUUCCUUGGCCCCUGGUUUUCUGCCGAGACACAGGCAGCCCCUGAAGAGAACGAGAAGAAUGAAAAGAAACAGAGGCGUCAGGAAAGACGACAGAUGAAGAGAUUCUAGAGCUGUGUGGGUUUUUUUUUUAAUAUACACAUUUAUUGUACAAUUACAAAGAACAUGUGAUCU